AUGUAUAUCAAUCUGCAAUCCGGAGGCCGAGCGCCGUGGAGUCUCGGGCACAGGAGGGAGGGUCGUCCGCUCGAAGCCACCUGGCCGCAGGCGUUUGAGGCGUCCGUCCCCGUCGCCGAGCGCGACACCGCGGUCACAAAGAGACAGGUCUCCAUAUCUGGCGGGCAGACGACCAACCUCACAGUCGGCAUCACGGUCGGCGUCGCCGUCCUCCUCUUCCUUCUCGGGGCGGGCGCGUUCAUCUACUGCUACGGAAUAUCUCUCAGAAAGAUCGGCCGCCGGAGACGUCGCCACUCCCGCCGCAACCGCCGUUAUCAGCACAAGUCGGUCAGCUCAGGGAGCUCCAAGAGCUCGGCCGAAGGCCCCCCGGCGUCCCAUGCGUCUCGUUCGGCUCCGCCUUCUGCUGCUCCGGCAAACGAUCCCCCAGCCGACCCCCCUGCCGACCCUCCGGCCGAUCCCCCGGCUGAUCCCCCAGCCGAUCCGCCUGCGGAUAAGUAG